AGGAGAGCCAAUCAGAAUGCUAAUAUUACGAGGGAACUCAUUUUUUAAAUUUAGAAUAAUCUCCGUAUUUUCGACAACUUUCCCUCACGCAUUAAUCUGUUUUUUCGUCCUUUUCGUAAACAUGACGUCAUCUUGUUUGCUGUAAAACAACUAUUUGACUCUUUUUUCUUGAACACCAGUUGACCAAUUAGAAAGCAGACUACGUGACUGACAGAAAAAUCAGCCAAUCACUAACAAGAUGGAUUUCUCUCCACUUAUAGAUCGGGGGGGGGGAAAGGUGGGCGGUGUCUAGACUGGCAGCAGAAGCAACCAAUAAGCGCGCCGAUCAUUUGGAGUGGGCGUGUCCUCCUUCCGUAGUCUUGCGUACAGACGCGAUAAAGAGGCAGAUUCUCGAAGCCGUUACGCUGCGUAUGUUUCUUGCCGCCCCUACUUACGCAAUUUACGUAUUGCGGCCUAUUCCACAUCGCUCAGCGGGGCCGAUGGCUACGCCAGCCAAGAAGAGAAAGACGAAUUUCUCAGAGCAGGAGGUGGAAAUUAUCAUGGAGGAAAUGGAGAAACAUAAGCACAUCCUGAUUAACCAUUACAACGCCGGAGUGCCCCUGCUGACCAAAAGCAACGCCUGGUACGACGUCUUGAAGCGCGUCAACGCCAUCAGCACGUGCCACCGCGAGCUGGCUGAGGUGAAGAAGAAGUGGUCCGACCUGAAGACAGAGGUGCGACGGAAGAUGUCCCAGGCCCGCGCCACGGUGGAAGGCGAAGGGGACGUCAGCGCUCCGCCGAUUCUGCUCACCCCGCUGCAACAGCGAAUAUGUAAUUUAUUGGGCGAAAGCGCCAUCCUCAGCUUACCCACCCAGGAAUGCCCAACUGAAAUACCCACCCAGGUGUCCAUCAGUUCACCCGGCACCGUUACCUUGACACAAAUUAACGCAGAAGGAACCUAUCACACCUUGGAGGAAAACGUAGUGGAAUAUUGCACGACCGAGACCCCCAAUACAGUCACCUCUGAGACUCCCGUAGAAAUAAUCUCUCCUUCCGCAGAAGUCACGGGAAAACCUCAAGAACUGAAGAAUCGAAUCGCUCUCAACUCGGCCCGGCUCUUGCAAGAACAGAGAGUGACUAACCUGCAUGUGAAGGAGAUCGCCCAACACUUGGAGCAGCAGAACGACAUCUUGCAGAUGAUCCGCAGGUCGCAGGAAAUCCAGGCCAGCGCCCAAGAAAGGCAAGCCCAGGCUAUGGAGGGGACCCAGGCGGCACUGAGUGCCCUCAUACAGGUGUUACGACCAAUGAUCAAAGAUGUCCGCAAGUUCCUGCAAAGCCGGACAGUCGAAUCGGCAGCUGCCAGUGAAGCCGGCGACCCCGGGCCCCAGAAUGGGCAGUCAAAUUCUAUCAGCCAGUGACUGGGAAUGACACGUGUGACCAAUAUGGUACUAUCAUAUCAUAAGACAUGAACGAUGGAUAUUAUUACCAUAGAGUAGAGCAAUGUUUCCCAAACAGGGUGCCUCCGGCUGUUGCAAAACUACAACACCCAGCAUGCUUGGACAGCCGAAGGCUGUCCGGGCAUGCUGGGAGUUGUAGUUUUGCAACAGCCGGAGGCAUCCUGUUUGGGAAACACUGGAGUAGAGUUUAGGACCAGAAUAUGGACAAUUCAGCUAAAUGUUCGCGAUUUUAGAGGGGUACUCCGGUGGAAAACAUUUUUUUUUUUAAAAUCAACUGG